AGGGAGGUAUAAAAUUUCAGCAGAGAGAAAUAGAGAAAGCAGUGUGUGUGCAUGUGUGUGUGUGAGAGAGAGAGGGAGAGAGAAGCAGGAGGGAGAGAAAGGGAGGGAAGGAGAAAGCCAAGUCCAAGGGAAUGAGCGAGAGAGGCGAGAGCUAGGGGAAGAGGCAUAAGAAAGAAGGAAUCCCAGCUUCCCGGAGUAGGCGUGCAGUGAACUGGCUUCUAUUUUCUUUUUCUUGUCCUUUUUAUUUUUAUUUUUUAAGAGAAGCAGGGAAGAGAAGCAAUGGCCGGGGGAGAAGACAAGCCGAGGUGCUGGUGACCCUGAGCCUCCAGGUGGAUUAUUGGGCCUGUCCUCCCCGCCUUCUAAUUGCACAUAACCCCACAUCCCAGCCAAUGAAGACGAGAGGCAGCGUGAACAGAGUCAUUUAGAAAGCCCCCGAGGAAGUGUAAACAAAAGAGAAAGCAUGAAUGGUGUGCCCGAGAGACAAGUGUGUCUUGCACCGCCCCCACCUUUAGCUGGGCCAGCGGCUCCCCAGCCCUGCCUCUCCCCACCUACUCACUGGUGAUCUGACUUUUUCUUUUUUAAACAAUUUUUUUUUUUUUAAUUUUCUUUUCCAUUCUCUUUUCUUUUUCUCCUUCAAGGCAAGGCAAGGAUUUUGAUUUUGGUACCCAGACGUGGUCCUUCUGCUCCUUCUUUAAAAGACUCACUUUCUCCCCAUCGCCAGGCUGCGUUUGGCAAUAUCAGAUAUCCGCUCUAUUUAUUUUUACCUAAGGAAAAACUCCAGCUCCCUUCCCACUCCCAGCUGCCUUGCCACCCCUCCCAGCCCUCGGCUUGCCCUCCACCUGGCCUGCUGGGAGUCAGAGCCCAGCAGAACCUGUUCAGACACAUGGAGAAGAAUCACAGCGCUACAAGGCACACAGUCCGCUGCUUCGUCCUCAGGGUUGCCAGCGCUUCCUGGAAGUCCUGAAGCUCUCGCAGUGCAGUGAGUUCAUGCACCUUCUUGCCAAGCCUCAGUCUUUGGGAUCUGGGGAGGCCGCCUGGUUUUCCUCCCUCCGUCUGCACGUCUGCUGGGGUCUCCCCGUCGCUAGGCCUCACCGCCCCCCCCCAGCCUCUCUUCCCGCUUGGCACAUGAAGAUGCACUUGCAAAGGGCUCUGGUGGUCCUCACCCUGCUGAACUUUGCCACGGUCAGCCUCUCUCUGUCCACUUGCACCACCUUGGACUUUGGCCACAUCAAGAAGAAGAGGGUGGAAGCCAUCAGGGGACAGAUCUUGAGCAAGCUCAGGCUCACCAGCCCCCCCGAGCCAUCGGGGAUAACCCAUGUCCCCUACCAGGUCCUGGCUCUUUACAACAGCACCCGGGAGCUGCUGGAGGAGAUGCAGGGGGAGAGGGAGGACGGCUGCAGUCAGGAAAACACUGAGUCGGAAUACUAUGCCAAAGAAGUCCAUAUAUUUGACAUGAUCCAGGGGCUGGCGGAGCACAAUGAGCUGGCUGUCUGCCCCAAAGGAAUCACCUCUAAGGUUUUCCGCUUCAACGUGUCCUCGGUGGAGAAAAAUAGAACCAACCUGUUCCGAGCAGAAUUCCGGGUCUUGCGGGUGCCCAACCCCAGUUCCAAGCGCAAUGAGCAGAGGAUCGAGCUCUUCCAGAUACUUCGGCCAGACGAGCACAUCGCCAAGCAGCGCUACAUCGGUGGUAGGAAUCUGCCCACCCGGGGCACAGCCGAGUGGUUGUCUUUUGACGUCACCGACACUGUGCGUGAGUGGCUCCUGCGAAGAGAGUCCAACUUAGGUCUGGAAAUCAGCAUUCAUUGUCCAUGUCAUACCUUUCAGCCAAAUGGAGAUAUCCUGGAAAACAUUCAUGAGGUGAUGGAAAUCAAAUUCAAAGGUGUGGACAGUGAGGAUGAUCAUGCCCGCGGAGAUCUGGGGCGCCUGAAGAAGCAGAAGGAUCACCACAACCCUCAUCUAAUCCUUAUGAUGAUUCCCCCACACCGGCUCGACAACCCGGGCCAGGGGGGUCAGAGGAAGAAGCGGGCCCUGGACACCAAUUACUGUUUCCGCAACUUGGAAGAGAACUGCUGUGUGCGCCCUCUCUACAUUGACUUCCGACAGGAUCUGGGCUGGAAAUGGGUCCAUGAACCCAAGGGCUACUAUGCCAACUUCUGCUCAGGCCCUUGCCCAUACCUCCGCAGUGCAGAUACAACCCACAGCACGGUGCUGGGACUGUACAACACCUUGAAUCCGGAAGCAUCUGCCUCACCUUGCUGCGUGCCCCAGGACCUGGAGCCCCUGACCAUCUUGUACUAUGUUGGGAGGACCCCCAAGGUGGAGCACCUCUCCAACAUGGUGGUGAAGUCCUGUAAGUGUAGCUGAGACCCCACCUGGACAGAGAGGGAGAGAGAACUGCCACUGCCUGACUGCCCGCUCCUUGGGAUACACAAAAGCAACAGACCUCACCUUGAGGCCUGGAGCCCACAAUCUUCGGCUCCAGGCAAAUGGCUGAGAUGGAGGUUCCCUUUUGGAACAUUUCUCUUUCUUCCUGGCUGUGAGAAUCACUGUGGUAAAGAAAGUGUGGGUUUGGUUAGGGGAUGGCUGAACUCUUCAGGAUGCACAGAUUUUUCUGUGAUACAGACAGAGGUGAUGGGGAUAGAGAAAGGAUGGCAAGUUGUCACGGCGUGCGGCAGUGGGAUUUUGGAUUCCUGAGGGAGGAGCAUGGGCAGAGAAAGGCCAGGACAGGACCAGACGGGAAGACACUUCUGAUCUGAGGUCAGAUUUGCUCAUCGCUGGAUAAUGUUGGACAAGGCAAGCAUUUCUCUUCAGACAGGUUACCAAGACAAAGUCCCAGAAUUGUAUCUUGUACUACCUGGGAUUAAGGGCAAACCUGUUAUUUUUGCAAAUCGCCCUCUCUACAUCAAUCAGGAUCAUGGGCCAUUACAGGGAGAAAAUCCAGGUAAUGUCAUUUCCGGUACCAUCAGCCAUAUUGGGCCCUGUGGGCAUGCUGAACUCAGAAGCAGAGAGUGGGAAUUAACCCUCUCCUUUCUGCCCUCGGGGUACCUUCUCUCGCCUUCUUCCUCACUUGUAUUUGCUCUUGGACGUUUGACUAGACACCUUCCAGGUCAGGGUGUGCAUAUCUGGAUUUCGGGUCUGUGCAGCCUCGGGAUAUUAUGGGUUCUUCUUACACACUCCACCUUAACCCCCAAGACCCUGUGUUCAUUUGGUGAUCCUGGAAGCAGGUGCUCAACAUGUGAGGCAUUCGGGGAAGUUGCACGUGUGCCAUACACUGACUUGGCCCCAGAUGCAUAGACUGAGGUAUACAGACAAACACAAAUAUUACUCUCAAAAUCUUUGUAUAAAUAAAUAUUUUUGGGGAAUCCUGUAUCAUUUCAUCUUCUGGAAGAUUGUUUCUAGAAUAGUAAAAGCCUUAUUCCAAGGCAUAAGUCUGACUCGAUAAGUAUUCUUAAAUACCUUUUCUUAAUUCCAUGUCCACAUCUACUAAUCAGAGGUAACUGGAAUCUGGGGCAGAAAAUCUCUCACAUCAAAUACAUGGCUUAGCGUGAAUGCCCUGGGCAGUGAGCUGCCUGUGGUGCCUUCUGCCAUCUGGGAAAACUGUCCUGUUGUUUAUGUUCCCUUCCUUCUUGCAGGGUAUAUUAUGCAGGGUAUAUGACAAAUUUGACCUCCAGAUAGCUAUGGAUGUAAUCAUUUGGUGUUAACCUUUGCAUAUAGACAUGUGUUGGUUUGUACAUUCACUCUAAAUCAGCAACAUUACCAUUUAAAAAAAUCUAAUCCCACCUUCCCCAAAUCAGUUGUGAAUAGAGCAAAUGUCUGUGGCAAAUGGCCUAAGAAUAUGAGGUUAAUUUAGUUAUCAUGUUAAGCCUAAAAGAAUUAACCAGGAACCUAUUUUCAGACAAUUGGGCCUCUUGUCAGUGAUCUGGGGGUGGGAGAGAGAAAAGUACAGCUCCAUAUUUCUUUUUUGAGGACACAGAUCCCAGAGAAAUGCAGAAUUCUAUUGUGGUCUUCACAUCCACCUGCAGCAGCCUCUGCAAUGAAUGAGCACAGAGCGAGGCAUCAUCCAGUAGCUCCUGAAAAACAUGUUCCUCUACUGAGGUCAUUUUACCAUUGGGGAAAAAGUCCCUUUGAAGCUAAAAUUUGCAGGUUGAAGAGUCUGUACAAUAUGUGCAUCCCACUGUGUAUGUGGAUAGGUAUGUACCUCAUUGUUCUCCCAGAUGGAAUUCCUGCGUUUGGUCACUGAGACUUUUUCCCCUUCUUUGUCUGUGCUCAGCCAAUGCUAAGGGCUUCACGCUUGGCCUUCAUCCCACAUGGCACCCAUUUACUUCCACUGCACUUCAUGGGUUUGUCCCUGUCCCUAAAGUCAUGGCUGGUGAGACCGGGCUCUAUCUCACCCAAGGGGCCCUGUGGGUACCGAGGGGGGAUGCAGCACCCCUGGCACCACAGCAGCUGGCUGCUGCUACCCGAGCCCAUCCUCCUGUGGCAGCCAUUCUCAACUUUCAGUGGGCAUGAGAGUCACCCAGGCAUUUAGUAGGAAGGAAUAAUUUCAGGCAGCGGCUCUAGAAAUAAUCUUUAGGACUGGAGUAGGAUCCAAGUUGCCUAAAAACUACAUUUUGAGAAGCACUGCAUUACAGCUCACUUAGGUGGCCCUUUGUUGAGGCUUAAAUAAGGAAGAGAAAAAUAAUCUUUCUGGUCUCAGAAUCAACCUCCCAUUUUAUCUAACCUAGUAUGACAUUGAUAUAAUGUUGGCCUUUGAGUCAUCCUACUGAACCAAGGCAACUUGAUGUGCCUCCUGAAGGUUUCCCAAAGAAAACAGAACACAGUGAUUACAGAUAUUCUUUUUAUGGAAGAGCUCUACUCUUCUCUUAAUCAGCAGAUACAACAGGCAGGGGUCUGGAGUGCAGCCUCCCCUUCCACAUAUCACAGGCUCUACAGAUAACUUGAACCAUUAUCUGUCCGUCUUUAAAAACACAUGCUUGUUAUAGAGGAGAAAGAGGAAUGCUGGAAAUGAUAGCACUGUUUGAGGAAGGGUCAUAUGAUUUGUCUGUUUAUUACCAAGAGAAGUCUAGUACUAGGGAAAAUGACUUGAAUGCACUUGAGUAGGUGAAGAGAAAGACCUGGAGUCAGGUCUUAGCACCUGAUCAGUGCACGGCGAAUGCAGUGAGAAAUUACCUUGAGGAUUCAAUCAGCUGGUUACCUAGAACAAUUCCAAGCACUCUAGUUGGUCUGAAAGUUCUUUACCCAGGCUCAUAUCCUCCCUUUCCCUUCACAAGAUCCAUAUGAUGAGCUUCCCAAAACCCCUCCUUUCCCAAUUCUACCCAUCAGCAGGGGACUCUGAAGGAAGUCUACUUUGUCUCCUAAGUCACAACCUAGUGAGCGGCUGGUUCUCAAACUCCUAUCCAGAAGUCGCAGGAACAGCUGGAAUACAUUCUCUCCUCUCUCUUGCAACUGACAGACUUCAUCCCUCACUAGCAAACACGAGGCUACAAAGCACCCAAACUUUUGUUUUCAUUCACUAAGGUAAUAAAGCCCUUUUUCUCUCUU